AAGUAAUCGUUCUUUUUCAAGAAAUGCUUUAAUAGUCGUUCAUGGAACCUUUUUGUUGGCUGCAAUAAGAUUGAAUUGUGUGUGCAAUUUGAAUAAUAUUACAGGUCUUGUUGGUUUGAAGAAAAUGGCAAAUGAUGAUGCCAACCUAAUGUGGUUAGAAAAGUAUCGUCCAAAGACUUUUAAUGAUGUCUUGUCACAACAAGAUAUAAUCGUUACGAUCUUACGUUUUGUAAACUCCAAUAGUCUUCCCCAUAUGCUGUUUUAUGGUCCUCCUGGAACAGGAAAGACUUCCACUAUAUUGGCUUGUGCAGAGCAUAUGUAUGGAACCAACUUUAAGUCCAUGGUCCUUGAGUUGAAUGCUUCAGAUGAUCGAGGAAUAGACGUUGUGAGAAAUGAGAUCAAGGACUUUUGUAGUACACAAAGAAUUUUUGCUACAGGUGUAAAAUUGGUUAUUCUUGACGAAGCAGACGCUAUGACAAGUGCUGCUCAAAUGGCCCUUCGUCGUAUUAUGGAGAAGUAUACAACUAGUACAAGAUUCUGUCUGAUAUGCAACUAUGCCAACAAAAUUAUUCCAGCCUUGCAGUCACGUUGUACACGUUUCCGUUUUGGACCUUUGAAGGAAGAAGACAUCCGAUUGCGAUUAGGACAAAUAGCGGAAAGAGAAGGAGUUGUUUUUGAAAAGGAUGCUCUGGAAACCAUCAUUCAGUUAUCUCAAGGUGAUAUGCGUAGUUGUAUUAAUAUUUUACAAUCUACUUUUCUUUCUUCUGGAAAGGUGACUUGUUCUACUGUUUAUGAAAAUACUGGCAAUCCUUCUAAUGAGGAAAUGGAACAAAUAAUGGAUUGGCUAAAUGAAGAAGAUGACUUUAGUAGUUGUUAUGACAAAGUGAAGAAGAUGAAAGCAGAACGUGGGUUUGCACUUAUCGAUAUCUUGCGCCAGAUACAUAAAAGACUAUUGACAAGAAAUAUGUCGCGCAGGGCAAAAGCAUAUUUGUUAGAAAAACUGGCAGAUAUAGAGCAUCAGUUUGCUUUUGGUGGUUCUGAACUACUUAAUCUUUGUUCCUUGAUUGGUUCCUUUCAAAUAAUGAAGACGUUGGAAGUUUUAGAUGCCGCACCAUGAUUGUUGAAAGUGGUUCCUCAAUCAGAAUAUUCUAAUAAAUAAUCUAUGAAUAAU